GCCGGCCGCGCGCCCGCGAGCCGUUCAUGGUGCAGCGCAUGUGGGCCGAGGCGGCCGGGCCUGCGGGCGGCGCCGAGCCGCUGUUUCCGGGCUCCCGGCGGAGCCGCAGCGUGUGGGACGCAGUGCGCCUAGAGGUGGGCGGCCCCGACAGCUGCCCGGUGGUGCUGCACAGCUUCACGCAGCUCGACCCGGACCUGCCGCGCCUGGAGAGCUGCACGCAGGAGAUCGGCGAGGAGCUGGUCAACGGGGUCAUCCAUUCCAUCUCCCUGCGGAAGGUGCAGGCACACCACGGCGCCAACAAGGGCCAACGCUGGCUCGGGUGUGAAAAUGAGUCAGCCCUGAACCUGUAUGAGACCUGCAAGGUGCGGACGGUGAAGGCCGGCACGCUGGAGAAGCUGGUGGAGCACCUGGUGCCCGCCUUCCAGGGCAGCGACCUCUCCUACGUCACCAUCUUCCUGUGCACGUACCGAGCCUUCACCACCACCCAGCAGGUGCUGGACCUGCUGUUCAAAAGCAGGUACGGUAGAUGUGAUGCCCUCACGGCCUCCUCUAGAUACGGAUGCAUCCUUCCUUAUUCUGACGAGGACGGCGGACCCCAGGACCAACUGAAAAAUGCCAUCUCCUCCAUUCUGGGCACCUGGCUGGACCAGUACUCGGAGGACUUCUGUCAGCCCCCAGACUUUCCCUGCCUCAAGCAGCUGGUGGCCUAUGUGCAGCUCAACAUGCCUGGUUCUGACCUAGAGCGCCGUGCCCAGCUUCUCCUGGCCCAGCUGGAGCACGCAGAGCUCACGGAGGCCGAGCCCGAGGCUCUGUCGCCAGCUCCAGCGCCACUUCUAAAACCAGCUCCGGAACUAGAGCCGGCUUUGGCACCUGAGUCAGAACCAGAGCUAGAGCCGGCUCCAACACCGGCUCCAGAACCAGAGCUAGAACCGGCUCUGGAACCGGCUCCAGCCCCAGCUCCGGAACUAGAGCCAGCUCUAUCGCAAACUGUAGACCUAGACGCAGCUCCGGUGCCCGAGCCUCCCUGGCCGUCACCUGUGGCUGCAGAAAAUGGCCUGAAUGAGAAGCCUCACCUCUUGGCCUUCCCUCCCGACCUGGUGGCAGAGCAGUUCACACUGAUGGAUGCGGAGCUGUUCAAGAAGGUGGUGCCCUACCACUGCCUGGGCUCCAUCUGGUCCCAGCGGGACAAGAAGGGCAAGGAACACCUGGCUCCCACUGUCCGCGCCACGGUCACCCAGUUCAACAGUGUGGCCAACUGCGUCAUCACCACCUGCCUGGGGGACCGGACUGUGACGGCCCGGGACAGGGCCAGGGUGGUGGAGCACUGGAUCGAGGUGGCCAGGGAGUGCCGUGUCCUCAAGAACUUCUCGUCUCUCUACGCCAUCCUGUCGGCCCUGCAGAGCAACUCCAUCCACAGGCUGAAGAAGACGUGGGAAGAAGUUUCCAGGGACAGCUUCCGCAUCUUCCAGAAGCUGUCGGAGAUUUUCUCGGAUGAGAACAACUACUCACUGAGCAGAGAGCUGCUCAUCAAGGAGGGCACCUCCAAGUUUGCCACCCUGGAGAUGAACCCCAAGAGAGCCCAGAAGCGGCCAAAGGAGACGGGUGUCAUCCAGGGCACCGUUCCCUACCUGGGCACCUUCCUCACAGACCUGGUGAUGCUGGACACCGCGAUGAAGGACUAUCUGUAUGGGAGACUGAUCAACUUCGAGAAGCGGAGGAAGGAAUUCGAAGUGAUCGCCCAGAUCAAGCUGCUCCAGUCGGCUUGCAACAAUUAUAGCAUCACACCCGAGGAGCACUUUGGGGCCUGGUUCCGGGCCAUGGAGCGACUCAGCGAGACGGAGAGCUACAACCUGUCGUGUGAGCUGGAGCCCCCCUCCGAGUCGGCCAGCAACACCCUCAAGGCCAAGAAGAACGCGGCCAUCGUCAAGCGCUGGAGCGACCGCCAGGCCCCCAGCACGGAGCUCAGCAGCAGCGGCAGCUCCCACUCCAAGUCCUGUGACCAGCUCAGGUGCGGCCCCUACCUCAGCAGCGGGGACAUCGCCGACGCACUCAGCAUCCACUCGGCCGGCUCCUCCAGCUCCGACGUGGAGGAGAUCAACGUGAGCUUCGUCCCGGAGUCCCCCGAUGGUCAGGAGAAGAAGUUCUGGGAGUCGGCCUCCCAGUCGUCCCCGGAGACCUCCGGCAUCAGCUCGGCUUCCAGCAGCGCGUCCUCCUCCUCGGCCUCCACCACGCCCGUGGCUGCCACGCGCACCCACAAGCGCUCCGUCUCAGGGGUCUGCAGCCACAGCGCCUCACUGCCCCUCUACAACCAGCAGGUGGGCGACUGCUGCAUCAUCCGCGUCAGCCUGGACGUGGACAACGGCAACAUGUACAAGAGCAUCCUGGUAACCAGCCAGGACAAGGCUCCAGCCGUCAUCCGCAAGGCCAUGGACAAACACAACCUGGAUGAGGAUGAGGCCGACGAAUAUGAGCUCGUGCAGGUUAUCUCCGACGACCGCAAGCUGAAGAUCCCGGACAACGCCAACGUGUUCUACGCCAUGAACUCUACUGCCAACUAUGACUUUGUCCUAAAGAAACGGACCUUCACAAAGGGGGCAAAGGUCAGGCAUGGCGCCAGCUCGACUCUCCCUCGCAUGAAGCAGAAAGGGCUCAGGAUCGCCAAGGGCAUCUUCUAACUCGUCCCCGGUGCUGGCCUGCCACGGGGACCCCUCUUGCAGGGUCCGGCUGCCUGGGUAACUGAGCACUUCCGGACUCCGGUGGCCCAGGCCAGGCGGGCACCCUCUGCCCAACCCGCCAGCUCAGGCCACCCCCAGACUCGUUUCACCCUCAACGUCUCUCGCCGCCGGGAUUGACGCCUGCUCCUUGACGGGCUGACCUGGCCUCCUGUGGACCACUCGCCGCCUUAGGUGCCUUCUGCUCUCCGGAACCGGAGGACCAGCUGACUUUGGCCGAGGAGCGCCGUCGGUGGGCACAGAGCCCCGCGUGCCGCCGGGCACUGCCCUCUGUGCGCUGCCCCUCACACCUGCUCAGGUGUGGGUCACUGCCACCUGUGCCCGUGGGCACCCCAGGGCACCUGCUCAUCCACUGGGUCUGACCACUGCAAUUCUCUCCUCCGCCCGCGGGCAUCGGCCGUGCCCUUCUGGGGUCCCGGCCCCUCUUGGCCACCACACUAGCCUUUCCCGGGCCGCACCAAAGAUCCCACCGUCGGGGCCAGCAGAGUGAAGGAGUCUCGCCCACCCCCCGCCCAGCCCUCCCCCAGGAGGGUGGGGUGGGGGGAAGCCUCUUCACAGAUCACACUCUUCACCCCGUGAGUGAGGACGGUCUCAGACGAGUCCCGUUGACACUGAACCUCACGACACCGCGGGUGCCGCUCACUCCCACGCCCUGGGCUUCACGAGACCGCACGAGACGGGGGUUAGUGGGAAAGAAGGAUUUGGGGGAAGGGGAGGGGUGUUGAAUAUUUGUAUAAAAGGCAAAAACAAAACAAAACAAAACAGAAAAAGUUUACCAGUUGGGGAGGGGCAAUAUUUAUUUGUUGUAAAUAGCAAAUGCUAGACUUGAAUAUUCUAUUAAAAUCCAGUUUCUACUAUA